GGUCACGCUUCUCCUCCUCGCCCAGGUUACGACUUCGCGGCCGUCCUGGAGUGGUUCGCGGAGCGCGUGGACCGCAUCAUCCUGCUCUUCGACGCCCACAAGCUGGACAUCUCCGACGAGUUCUCGGAGGUCAUCAAGGCCCUCAAGAACCACGAGGACAAGAUCCGUGUGGUGCUGAACAAGGCCGACCAGAUCGAGACGCAGCAGCUGAUGCGGGUGUACGGGGCGCUCAUGUGGUCCCUGGGCAAGAUCAUCAACACCCCUGAGGUGGUCCGCGUCUACAUCGGCUCCUUCUGGUCCCACCCGCUGCUCAUCCCCGACAACCGCAAGCUCUUCGAGGCCGAGGAGCAGGACCUCUUCAAAGACAUCCAGUCGCUGCCCCGGAACGCCGCCCUCAGGAAGCUCAAUGACCUGAUCAAGCGGGCACGGCUGGCCAAGGUCCACGCCUACAUCAUCAGCUCCCUCAAGAAGGAGAUGCCCAAUGUCUUCGGCAAGGAGAGCAAAAAGAAGGAGCUGGUGAACAACCUGGGGGAGAUCUACCAGAAGAUCGAGCGCGAGCACCAGAUCUCCCCGGGCGACUUCCCCAGCCUCCGCAAGAUGCAGGAACUCCUGCAGACCCAGGACUUCAGCAAGUUCCAGGCCCUGAAACCCAAGCUGCUGGACACGGUGGACGAUAUGCUGGCUAACGACAUCGCCCGGCUGAUGGUGAUGGUGCGCCAGGAGGAGUCCCUGAUGCCCUCCCAGGCCGUGAAGGGCGGGGCCUUCGAGGGCACCAUGAACGGGCCCUUCGGACACGGCUACGGCGAGGGCGCCGGCGAGGGCAUCGACGACGUGGAGUGGGUGGUGGGCAAGGACAAGCCCACCUACGACGAGAUCUUCUACACGCUGUCGCCCGUCAACGGCAAGAUCACGGGCGCCAACGCCAAGAAGGAGAUGGUGAAGUCCAAGCUGCCCAACACGGUGCUGGGCAAGAUCUGGAAGCUGGCCGACGUGGACAAGGACGGGCUGCUGGACGACGAGGAGUUUGCCCUGGCCAACCACCUCAUCAAGGUCAAGCUGGAGGGCCACGAGCUGCCCGCCGACCUGCCCCCGCACCUGGUCCCGCCCUCCAAGCGGAGGCUCGAGUGACAGGCCGCCCGCUGCCUGCAGAGUCCCGGGAGGCAGAGGUUGGGGGGCCGGGUCGCCACGUCUCAAGGUCCAUAAAGACUGAGC